CAACUGCUGCCGUUUCACGUGUUUGUCUUUUGUGUCAGCGGAGCAGAACAUCCACAGUGUGGAGUCCGGAGAGUUUAGUGACACGGAACACGGAAGGGUUUGCCGUGUCAGCAGCACCGGGCGUGUGUGUGAGUGAGUGUGUGUGAGAGUGUGUGUGUGUGUGUGUGUGAGAGACACUGCAGCGGGGACUCGGGUGGCGCGAUGUGGGCUCGGAGUCGGCAGCUGGUCGGGGCACCGGGGCUCGCGUCGCGGGCGUCCCGAGGAGGCGGCUCGCUGCGGGCCGCCGGGGCUGGAUGUGCGGGGAGGAGGCAGCAGCAGAGACAGGCUUCAAGUGCGGAGGCUGUCUUGAAGAAGACGCCGCUGUUUGACUUCCACAGGGAGCACGGGGGCAAGAUGGUGGGGUUUGCAGGCUGGAGUAUGCCUGUACAGUACAAAGACAGUCACAUCGCCUCGCACAUGCACACCAGAGAGCACAGCUCCAUCUUCGACGUCAGCCACAUGCUGCAGACCAAGGUCCACGGCAAAGACAGAGUGAAGUUCAUGGAGUCUCUGGUGGUUGCAGAUAUUGCCGAACUCAAGGACAACCAGGGUACGCUGUCCCUCUUCACCAAUGAGAAAGGAGGGAUCAUGGAUGACCUCAUAGUGACAAGGACCGACCAGGGCUACCUCUACGUCGUCUCCAACGCUGGCUGUGCCGACAAGGAUUCGGCUCAUAUGAAGACCAGACUGGCAGAGUCCAAAGCUGCAGGUUUGGAUGUGGAUCUGGAGUUCCUAGAUGAAGCACUGAUCGCUCUGCAAGGUCCGUCCAUGUCGCGAGUGCUGCAGCAGGGGCUGAAGGACGACCUCAGCAAGCUGACCUUCAUGACCUCCACCCUGGCCACUGUGUUCGGUGUUCCCGGCUGCAGGGUCACUCGCUGCGGAUACACCGGAGAGGACGGGGUGGAGAUCUCCGUCCCUCAGUCCAGAGUGGUGGAGCUGACAGAGAAGCUGCUGGCCAACAGCGAGGUGAAGCUGGCCGGUCUGGGAGCCAGGGACAGCUUGAGGCUUGAGGCUGGACUUUGUCUCUAUGGCAACGACAUAGAUGAGGCCACCACACCUGUGGAGGCCACCCUGGUCUGGACCAUAGGCAAACGUCGGCGUCAGACAAAGGACUUCCCUGGCGCCAACAUCAUUGUACCGCAGAUCAAAGCCAAGACGGCCAGGAAGAGAGUCGGCCUGGUGUCCACCGGCCCCCCUGUCAGACAACACACGCCCAUUCUCAGCCCCGACGGGAAGGUUAUAGGCGAGGUGACCAGCGGCUGCCCUUCUCCCUGCCUGAAGAAGAACGUUGCCAUGGGCUACGUGGAUGCUGCGUUCGCUAAGAACGGAACAAGCAUCCAGGUUGAGGUCAGGAAGAAAGCAGUGCCGGCCACCGUCAGCAAGAUGCCGUUUGUCCCCACCAACUAUUACUCUGGAUAAGGAGGACACACACAAACAUACACACACAUACAGAUAGAGUACACCAUUACACACAUACACACACGCAUCACACUCACUCUGGAGCCUUCCUCCACCUUGUUCCGUGUUCUGAUAACCUCCAGAAAUGCGGCACCAGUGGAAGACUGAAAGAAGUUUUGUCUCAAAGAGAAAAAAUACUGUAAUUAAAUACAGUUUGUGUAUUGGUCUAAUGAGAUGUGUUGAUAUGUGUUUAUGAAACGCAUUGUAGACAAACGUGGUCUCACCUGGUGAUGGAUCUGUAAGCAAUUUAUAAAUGAGAUGGAAUAAAUUACCAGCCGGGCUGUCGAUUUAGAAAAUGAAUGUUCGACUUCAGUGGUUCAUAUACCAAGUUCUGGUUGUCUUUUUCUAUUUUUUAAAUAAACUGCCAGUUGGAGAGAAUCAA